AUGCCCCCCCGCCCAUCUCCUCCCUCCCUCAGAGGAACAAUGUCCACCCUUGCCCCCUCCGCUUUUCCCCCAUCAACCACAAAACCCUCCGGCUACUUUCAUUUCCCCGGUCUUUCUUCCGAGAGUACGAAAGUCGCUAGAGAGGUGCUGGAGGAGAACAACAGGGACUAUGAUAUAUACGAAUCAAGGCGAUUCGCGCAUAACCACUUCCCCCACUCCCUCCUCACCCGCUAUGCCCUCGGCGCUCCCCCGCACCUCUUACGCAAAACGUGGGAGCAUGAUAAGUCUCAUCUCGUCUCCCUCGACCCCCGGGCACCAGACCGGAAAGACGUCAAUGCGGACAAGUUGCCGGACAAGAUUGAUCGUGGGAAUUGGGGAGCGUUUCUGGGUAACAAGGGGCACUAUUCUCUCUACCUCCCAUUCUUCCAUUCCGAAAUCGCACGCCUCGGAUCCCAAGGCGCUCUGAUCGAAUACAUCUUCUCCCCGCAAGCCAACUGGGAACCCUUCACCCCGUUUCCCUACUCAUCCACGGGACAGCAAAGCAAACCAAAAACACCCAACAUGCUCAACCGCCUCAUGGCUGGUGCCCUACAUCCCAUGAUCCAUGUAGGAUUUGGCCUCGAAUUUGCGGAUCCGAUCGUUCUCGCUGAAGGAUUAGCAGAAGCAGCCAUCCACCCCGACUCACUCAUCACCCCCUUUAUCUCCCCAUCCUUAACCCAAUCAUGGCUCACCUCUCCCGUCCCCUCUCCUUCUCCCUCUUCACCAGCCCCCUCUCUCGCCGAACUGUAUACAGCCUUGGUCAACGAUCCUACCCUGAAACCAGUACCCUACAACCCCGAAUCUAUGAUCAACGAUCAACUACUCUCUGCUGUCUCUGAGGGCCGUGGGGAAGCUUUGGUCGGGCUUGUCGAAGGUUGGGAGGUUUCUCUCAAGGAAGACUAUGAAGGGGAAGGAGGCAAAUUUGGAUGGGAGGGUCUCAUGAGAGAUAUGGGUGUGUUUACGACUUUGUUGGCUUGUGGGACGGGGCGAAAAGGAUAUGAGCCGAGGGUGGAUUUCUUCCUUAUGCACGCCCUAACAUCCUCCAUCUUCAUCCCCGCCUACCUCCCCCUCCUCUCCCCACCCCAAAUCCGCGCAUUCCUCAAAACGUACUUGUUGGUGCUUUUUCAGAUCGCUAUUUCGAGGGGAAGACCGCCGUUGAACCCCAAUUUGAUCAUGUCUUACGAUCUUUAUCCCUCCUCUGAUUCUGAUGUGGGGUCGAAGCAGGACGAGGGGAAGGAGGGGAAGACGAUAGAGUCCUUACUCGACCCCUCCCCCCCCGUUGGAAAAGGAAAAGGCAAGAAUGUAUGGCUGGACAUCAUCGACAGAUCCCUAUCCUACCCAGAUUCUCACAUUGUCAAAUCAAUCCGUUCCCUCGUCUUCUACUCCCAGUUGUUUGGUUCUCUGCCUGCGGGCUCCUUCUCCCCUCCACCAUCAUCCAAAAACGGCACCGAGCUGCAAGGGCUAGAAAAGGUGGACGGAACGCUCUUCCAAAGAGCCGCCGGCGUCAUCAUGCGUACCAUACCAGAAGGGGAAGAGGAAGCUGGGUGGGAUCGGAGUCAGUUGGGGUAUGAUGGUGCUUGGACACAAGGGCCGGGGCAGGGGAAGCGUUAG